AUGACCCGCGCUUUGGCUUCCCAGCUUCCUCCGCAUGCCGAGCCGAGAGAAGAUCCCACCCACGCCGAUGAGCCAGCGGAGGUCGACAAGGGUCUCUUGGGGUUUGAUGCUGGAGGCUUAACUAACCAACACGGCUGUCCGUCAAUGCCGCCUCCGCUACCAGCAAACAACCUCUACCUCACUGAAGAUGAAAUUAAACACCAUCUUUUGAACCUGCUGGCCUCGCUGUUCAACGCGCUGAAACUAACGAACAACAUCCUCAAGGUCGCCAAGAAUUGA